AUGAAAAGCCGAGUUUGCAUUUUGCCACUGGGCGCAAAAAUAAGCAAAUUUUCUGUCUCAGAGGACUUUACCGCUACAUUCCCCGUGGUAGUGUCGGGGUACACGCUUAUUGACGGAGAGCACAGAGGAAACUUGGUCAUUGGCCUGCGCAUUUACAGUCUGCUUGAAAUGAAAGAUUUGCUGUGCAACUUUCUGGGAUACUCUGAAAUAAAAAAAGGAAUAGAAGAGCUUCUUUUGCCUGCAGACUCUGCAAAGAUAAGUGAUAUUGUAGAAAAGUACGAGAAGACGGGAGACCAGCCUAUCACAGACGAAUGGCGGACUAUCAGUAGAUACAUCACAAUGAACAGUGGAGGCAUGAGCUAG